AUGUAUAGCGAUUGGGACGCUAAAACAGAAACUAUCGCGAACCGUCUCAACUGGUACCGCGUCGACGACCUUAUCGAGUUUGUACACCAGAUCUGCGAAUUUGUAAUCAAGAGUAUGGGGAAAAUGUCGGAUAGUUACGCACCCAAGCUCGCUGUCAGUAGAUGUCCAGCACAAUACAACGUUCGAUUCCCUGCAGAGGAGCUCUAUGUCUGCGAAGGGACCGGCAACUGGAGUUUUCGGAUCAACACGUUGCUGUUAUCGCUCUCGCUUGUCCUUUAUCCGAACAAACUUCAACGCAAGUACAUCGACAUAAACACGCCUGGUGACGCAGAGAUGACGCUGCUAACAGCUGCAUCUGAGAUCCUGUUUUGUAUUGAGCAAAUGCACGACUUGUUCGAUAGAGGAACUUUUGAAAACCGUUACGCCGUACAAUGGAAUGAAAGUGAAAAUUAA